GGAUCUCUCCCAAAACCCAUUUUUCUCCUUCGUCUCUUCCUUUCCACCCUCUCUCUCUCACUGCACGAAAAAUGAUUCAGAGCCAAAGAAGCAAUCUUGAACAUCUGAAAUCUUCGCAUGGAUUGUUGUUUGGAGCCUUUCCAGUAUUUGUUGUUGAUGGAACUGCAUCACCACUGAAAUCUCAGGCAAGGAUCAUGCGGUUUUUCUGUUCAUCUGGAAUUGAUUCUUCGUGCUUUCUGCCCCCCCAGAAGGAUGCCUCAGUUGAGAGGAACCGGGAAUUCACUAAAUGUGUUAAUGAUUGUGUGGAACUCCUUGAACUAUUUGGGAUGCCUGUACUGAAAGCAAAUGGUGAGGCUGAAGCAUUGUGUGCACAGUUGAAUAGAGAUGGUCAUGUGGAUGCCUGCAUCACUGCUGAUAGUGACACAUUUCUCUUUGGGGCUAAAUGUGUAAUAAAAUGCAUCAGGCCCAACUCAAAAGGGCCAUUUGAGUGCUACCAUAUGUCAGAUAUUGAAGCUGGUCUUGGACUCAAGAGGAAACACUUGAUAGCCAUCUCUCUUCUGGUUGGAAAUGACCAUGAUCUAAAUGGAGUUCAAGGAAUUGGCCUUGAAACAGCUCUUCAUUUUCUGCGACGAGGAUUCAAUGAUUUUAUCUCAUCUUGCUGGGACGAUAUUUCUUGUAGAUUACACAAUAUAGGAAAUGGGGAUAAUCCCCCUUUUCAGUGUGGAAUCAAAUCCAAGGAUGGUAUCCCAACUAUUUCAGAUGAGAGCUCACCAAAGAAAAAGUGUCCUCAUUGUUCCUUCUGUGGGCAUCCUGGCAGCAAGAGAGCUCAUUUCAAGUCUUCUUGUGAAUACUGUGGAACAACUAGCAAUGAGAGUUGUAUUAAAAAGUUGGAGGGGUUUAAAUGCAAUUGCCCUCCUUGUCUUGGGGUAUAGUUUUCUUGGCUACCCCCUACCCCCCCAAGCCUGGCUCUUAUUCUUGAACCCAGCUGCUGGGUUCAAUGGAACCCAAAUUGGUUUCUUUCUGUGCAUUCUGGCAUUUGGCUUUGCUUGAAUCAGAGGAGGAAAGUUGUUUAAGAGAGGGAAGAAAGGAAGCGAGAAGAAGAAGAAGAACCAACGGCAAAAACAGAGAUUGAGUUGUGCAAUUCUUAUGAUGAAUUUGAGAAGCUCGUUAUAAAGUAGAGCACUCCCA